CCCGUGAAAGUGGUUUCUCUGUUUCUUUCUACUUUCUAUUUUGGGCUAGUGUCUGAGAUGUAGGUGCUCUUUCUCUCUCUAAUCUGAAUUCUAAGCUGCAUCAGCUAACCUCUCCUUUGCAUCUCCGAUCCGGUGAGCCCUCGGUGUUGCUCUUCAGCUCCUUCUCUCAGAUCUACUGCCUCAUCUGAAAGUAAACGUUGAAUUGUGGGUGAAUGCGGAGAAUCGGGCAAUAGGUUUUGGGUGGUCUUACAAGUCGUGACAAUGCAAGUGCAAGGCUUUAGAGCUAAAUCCAGAGUAGCACUUCUCGUCGUCUUCGUCUUAUGUGUUUGUUUCGCGGGGUUUUAUGAUUUGUUAAAGCCCGUUUCAAAUGGAUGUACCAUGACGUACAUGUAUCCCACUUACAUUCCUAUCCCUACCACGACUGCUGUUUCACCGGCAAAGUACGGCUUGUAUUUGUACCACGAAGGAUGGAAGAAGAUUGAUUUUAAGGAGCAUCUCAAAAAGCUAAGCGGCAUUCCCGUUCUUUUUAUUCCGGGAAAUGGCGGUAGCUACAAACAGGUACGUUCACUGGCAGCAGAAUCUGACAGGGCAUAUCAAGCGGGACCCCUAGAGCGUACAUUUUAUCAGGAAGCUUCCCUAACUCCUGAAGAGGGUGGGGAGGAGAUAGAUGUAGCUUCCUUUCAGUUACCCAACCAAUAUGAUUCCAGGUUGGACUGGUUCACAGUGGAUCUUGAAGGGGAACAUUCUGCUAUGGAUAGUGCUAUACUUGAAGAACAUGCAGAAUAUGUUGUCCACUCCAUUCACAGGAUUUUGGAUCAAUAUAAAGAAUCUUAUGAGACUAGAGAAAGAGAAGGUGCUGCAACCUCUGGGAGUUUGCCAAAAAGUGUAAUAUUGGUUGGUCACUCUAUGGGUGGUUUUGUUGCUAGAGCUGCUGUUGCCCAUAACCGUUUGAGGAAAUCAGCAGUUGAAACGAUUCUUACUCUCUCCAGCCCACACCAAUACCCUCCUGUGGCAUUGCAGCCUUCCUUGGGUCACUACUUUGCACGCGUUAAUCAUGAAUGGAGAAAGGGAUAUGAGGUCCAAACAACUAGAGCAGGACAUUAUGUGUCUGAUCCUGUUCUCUCACAUGUUGUUGUUAUAUCCAUUUCUGGCAGUUACAAUGAUUAUCAGGUGAGGUCCAAGUCAGAAUCCCUAGAUGGCAUUGUGCCUCCCACUCACGGUUUUAUGAUCAGUAGUACAGGCAUGAGAAAUGUGUGGUUGUCAAUGGAACAUCAAGCUAUUUUAUGGUGUAAUCAAUUAGUUAUCCAAGUAUCACACACUCUCCUUAGUUUGGUAGACUCCAGAACAGGCCAGCCAUUUUCUGACAAACGAAUAAGACUUGCAAUAUUCUCUAAAAUGCUUCGUAGUGGGAUACCACAGAGUUUCAAUUGGAUGACGCAAUCACACUUGUCUCAGCAGUCGUUACAUGUUCCUUCUAGAGACGUAAAAGAUAAAACUGGAUCGCUGUACACUUCCGCUGCAUGCCCUAGAAAUGUUCAUUGGAGCGAGGAUGGCCUUGAGAGGGACCUAUACAUUCAGACAACCACCGUCACUGUUUUAGCCAUGGAUGGUCGAAGACGGUGGUUAGACAUACAAAAACUGGGGUCAAAUGGAAGAAGUCACUUCAUGUUUGUAACAAACCUUGCUCCAUGUUCUGGGGUUAGACUUCAUCUGUGGCCUGAAAAAAGAAACUCAACUUCAGAAUUGCCUGUGUGUAUAAGAAUCCUCGAAGUGACAUCAAAGAUGGUGCGCAUUCCAUCAGGACCAGCACCAAGACAGAUUGAACCUGGAAGCCAGACAGAGCAAGCUCCUCCUUCUGCUAUAUUUCGCUUGGGACCUGAGGAUAUGCGUGGCUUCAGAUUCCUGACCAUCUCAGUUGCACCUCGUCCGACUAUUUCAGGAAGACCUCCACCAGCAGUUUCCAUGGCAGUUGGGCAGUUUUUUAAUCCGGAGGAAGGGGAGCGAGAGUUCUCUCCUUGGUCACUGUCUAGUUUUUCUUAUAAGGAAAUUUCUUUGAAGGAGGAUCAUCCCCUUGCUUUGAAUCUAUCAUUCACCACUAGCUUAGGCCUCUUGCCUGUCAUAUUCUCUUUGAAGACUGCAGGUUGUGGAAUAAAGAAUUCUGGACUUCCAGAUGAACAGGCUGAUGAUAUAGAUAAUAGCAAGCUCUGUAAGCUUCGCUGUUUCCCACCUGUAGCAUUUGCUUGGGAUGACACAUCAGGUCUCCACAUAUUCCCAAAUGUAUAUAGUGAGACAAUUGUUGUUGAUUCCUCGCCAGCGCUUUGGAGUUCACCUAAAAAUUCUGAGAAAACCUCUGUUAUGUUGCUUGUAGAUCCACAUUGUUCAUACAGAAGUGCAGUGACUGUUUCUGUAACUGCAGCUGCCAGUAGGUUUUUGCUUCUAUAUAAUUCACAGAUUGUUGGUUUCGCCCUUGUUGUUAUCUUUUUUGCACUAAUGCAGCAAACACAUGCAUGGGAUCUUGACCUGCCCAUACCUUCGAUUCUUAUGGCUGUGGAAUCUAAUUUGAGAAUCCCAUUGCCAUUUCUCUACCUUGCCAUGGCACCCAUCUUGCUUUCUUUUGUCCUUUCCUUUUGGAUUUCUCAACCAUUUCCUUCAUUUGCUAGCUUCACCGUUGUCUCGGUGAUCUGUUAUUUACUUGCUAAUGGCUUCGUAAUUAUUCUGAUUUUGAUAUCUCAAUUCAUCUUCUAUGCGGCUGCUGUUGUACAUAUUUUCAUCAAGACAAGGUUUCAAUUGUCGGAAAAAAGUGCUAACCGGUUUAUUAAUCUUUCCUCUAGUUUCUUUUCAUUGAAGGUGUUAAGAGUUGUAAGAGCCAAUCCACUACUUGUUACAGCACUUGCUGCAAUUACUCUGGUGUGCUUGGUUCAUGCAGCAUUUGGUCUAUUUAUAAUUUUGUCCUUGGAUGCUUUGUGCUGUCACAGUGCACUUUGCAGUUUUUUGACAGCUUCAUUUCGCAGCCAUGCACAAAGACAUGAAUUAUUUGAUUGUAAAAAAGAAGGCAAUGAUGGAUCUCGCCACCUUCCCUUCAAAAGUGAUGGAGAUUGCUGCUCCAAUAGUCCAGACUCUUCGAAAAGUUUUGGUGAAGCGCAAUUAGAGAUAUUCCAUCAUCGGCAUGGGUUGUUUAUUUUGCAUCUUGCUGCAGCGUUCAUGUUUGUCCCAUCACUAGUUGCUUGGUUUCAGAGAAUAGGGAUGGGUCAUAGCUUUCCAUGGCUCGUGGAUUCAGCUCUUUGCACAGGUGUGAUUCUUCAUGGUAUCUUCACUUCAAAGCCCGAGUUCAAUUCCUUCUUAGUUUCUUUACCUGGCGUCCGAAAUCUUGAAGUGAGAUUGAACUUUAUGUACCUGGUAGCUGGAUACUAUUCUUAUCUCUCUUCCCUGGCCUUGGCUCCAUUUAGAGUAUUUUAUGCUAUGGCUGCUAUAGGCUUUACUUCCUUUGCCUUGAUGAUCUUACAAAGAUGGAACAGAGAAAAGGGAGAGGCCCAUUUUGGUAGCCGAAAGCACUCUCACAGGCAUUGACUUCGCCAGAAACACAUACAUUUACCAAGUGUCCAAGUCUUCUGUAAGGCCCCUUGUACAAAUACAGGUCAUGAGUGCAUGCAAGUUGUCUACGAGGGUGGGAUGUGCUGUGUACAUGACUCCAGUAACCACAGUUUUGCAAUCAGAACCGUCACACGCAAGCUAGCGACCCUGUUCGGUGGUGUAACAUGCAAUGUGAAACGAAGAUUGUGUUGUGACAUUUAUAAGAUGGCCCCCCCUUUUUUUCUAGGUCGGGGUGGUUUUUUUUGUUUGUUUGCUUCCCUUACACGAUUGAGACGUUUUUUAGGCUCCUGUUUGGAGGUCUAAUGAGAAGGACUAGUUUGCCUUACUCUUGGAUAUUAGUGUAGCGUGUUCAUGGAACAAACACAGACUGGGAAUUCAACGUUCAAAAUUUUUUGUUGUAUUUGAUUAA